AUGGGCUCCAGAACAGGGACUCGACCCAAGAGGGUCUACUCAAAGGCGAGGCUUCAGCGUGCCCUCGACGUCUAUCAUCGGGCUUCCCUACGUUUGAUAUCCACACGCCAUACUCAGGAACGUCAUCUUCGCGAGGAUUACCAAUUCCGACGGGUCAACUCCGCCGGGAACUUUGCGCAAGCUAUAUCAUGGUAUGAUGAUGAUUCGUCUGAUGAAUACUGUCCCACCACAGCCAAAAAACGUCGGCUUCCAGUUCGCAAAAUCCCAAAAGCGAAACGAAUCAAACAUGAAGCUAGGCCAACAAAGCCAGCAUCCUCCCCGGAAGCUCGCGAUGGGUCUUGCCGAUCUCUAGUCACGCUCAAGCUCACAUCCAGUGCUGGCAGAGCCCUGCUAAGUGACAUUGCCAACAAAGAAGGCACUGGUUCUGGGACCAGGUCAGGUGCAGAUGGCGACUUGAGAGAAGGAGUUUCUAAGGGUAGUGUACAACUCGGUCCCGUGUGGGACGGGAUUACCUUAGAAACUCGAGACCAAGAGAGUGAUAAAAUUUGUGGAGGAACAAAUCGCAGCGGUUUCAAGAGAAAUAGGAAUGUUUCGUUAAGAUCUGAGGGACCGACAGAAUCCAAGAAUCCCAGCAAGGUCUGCUAUGCGAAUACCAGCCGUUUAACUUGCGAACAAGGUCAAAUUGAAGCUGCAGCUUCUGUUGAGCGCAGCCUUCCAAAGGAGGCAAGGACUGGAGAUACCUUGGUCAACCGGCCCACCGCCACCUCUCACUGCCCUUCUGCUCCUGCUCAGCCAACGCCGAUCCAAAUUAUUCGAGCAGCAGCUGUAGAGAUCCAACAAGCUCGGGACAUCCUGGCCGGGCUUUCUAGGGAAAACCCAAUCGUCCUAGACUCGCCUCGAUCUUCGCCAGAAGCAUCUCCGCAGAACGAAGAAUCCACGUUUCGCACCUUCACAAUAAGUACUCCGUGGGCUCAUCCGAUCAAUUUCAAGUAUCUUGAAUCGUUGAAUAAGCCAUGCCACUUUUGUGAGGACUUCAGAUAUGGGAUCUUUGGAUAUGGUGUGAUCUCUGUCGAGGUCAUCCAAUUCAUGGAACAGCCAGAGCUUCAAGAGAUGGGCAAUGGGCAUCGGGCUAAGGGCAAAGAAGCAACACGCAUAUCUGAAGAGCUCCAUCGGAAGUACAUCACACAGUUGACUGGCGACAGCUAUCCCCAAGGACCAGCGCUCAGACACGGGGUGUACCCCACGUGCUCAUUGUGUUCGAAUGCGGCGUUGUGGAGCUGCUGUGCGGACCAGAGGGUGGAUAAGUACUUGAGGAAGCUGAACGAUGGACAAGUGAGAAUGGACAGAGGGGUUUUGAAGAGGACGACGGUGCAGGAGGUCGACGGCUACGAUUGUCGACGGGCAGAUAUGGAAUUCCUCUUUGCAGGAAGCUUGCUUCACAAGGCGUGGGCUUGA